AUAAAAAAAAGAAAUAAAACAAAAACUUAGUAAUAAAAAUAAUAAUGAAUUAGGGUCCCUUCAUCUAAAGUAGGAGCAUCCGUUACUAAUCAAAAUUGUAUGCGUCAAUGCCCGAAACGCAAUAUGUAGUCGUAUCCAUGUUAUUAUCUCAAAUUCUUUUUUAUUAAUCAAAUGUACACAAAUCUAAUUUAAUUCAUUCAUUCAUACCCACUCAACGUUAAAUAGUCACUUGUAGCAAUUUUUACAAAGAAUCAUUGUAUUAAUUUGUCUCCUGAUGUUUGAUUCUGAUCAUAAUGUCUCACUUUUAGUUACAUUAUUACUGUGUCUUUAUGGUUCUUGUCUCACAUAUCAUUUUAUUUUACUUCUCUAAAUUAUCAAUUUCACCCUUGCUAAAGAAUUAUGUAAAUAUAGGUCAUAUACAUAACGAAAACCAAGUACCAACCAUCAACGUAUCAUCACUUCUAGCUUGACCAGUAUAGAAGCUGAGUCGUACACUUUAUUAUUAUAUUUAUAUUAUUGAAUUUAUUGUUUAUUAUUAUCAAAUAAUCUCCGUAGUUUUAGGAUAAGUAAUUAUUAAAAUAUUUUUAAAAAAAAUUUAAUAUAAUUAAACGAUUAAUUAUAUUUUUAAAAAGCCUAGAAUAAUUACUAAUAUAACAAAAACAUGAAAAAGUUUAUUAUAAUUUUCUGUUUUAUUGUUAAAAUUACCUUCGUUUCAUGUGGGACACGGCCCAGUUUUGUAUCAGAUGAAAUAAUAGCUAUUGCUGCAAGCGUGGUGAAUGCAUGUCAAACGCAGACAGGCGUGGCGACAGCUGAUAUUGAAGCUGUGAGAAAUGGAGAGUGGCCAGAAACUCGUUCAUUAAAAUGUUACAUGUAUUGUCUGUGGGAACAAUUUGGACUGAUUGAUAAUCAUGGAGAACUUAGUCUAAAUGGAAUGCUAACAUUCUUUCAAAGAAUACCAGCUUACAGAGAUGAAGUACAGAAAGCUAUAAAAGAUUGUAAGAAAAUAGGAAAAUAUCUAGCAAAUGGAGACAACUGUCAGUAUGCUUAUGCAUUCAACAUGUGUUAUGCUAAUUUUUCACCAAAAACAUAUUACCUGUUUUGAUCUAUCAUCUACAAUGAUAUAACAUUGGUAAUGAUAAUUAAAAAAAUUAAGAUUGACAACUAUAAUUAAUCGAUGACAAUAAUCGUAAAUAAUAUUUAAAAAAUUAUACAUAUUUUAUGAAUUUAUAUAUUAGCUAUAGUUUAUAUAAUUGAUAUAAGAAUAAUAAAAUAAUACAAUGACUAACAGAAAUAAGAAUGAUUAAUCAUAAUAAAUAUACAUAUCAACAUAUUUUUCAAUUGAUUAGUUUAAUGUUUUUUGACCAUUUUUUUGUCGAACUCUUGAUGCAAAAUAACUAGGUAUUGCUGAUAUAUCAUGUUGUUGCUCGAUAAAAAAUAAUAUUACUUGUACCAAGAAAUUCAAGAAAUCACGUGAAAAAUAUAAUUAUAUGCAAAAAAUAUCACUUUAGUUGACAUUUUUCUAAUAAAUUGAUUUAAAACUUGAUUCAAUCUAUAAUCAAAUGAUAUCAAGUAUAUUCCAAAAACACUCGUCAUUGGUAUACCUUAAAAAUAGAUGAAUAAAUAAAAUUCUUGAUAAUAAU